CUAUUCGAGGAAAUAUUUUGAAGGAUAGGUAAUUCGGAAGAAACAAAUGCAUUUUUCUGGUGUCCUCGACGAACAGAGUCGAAAACCUGAUGCAGGGAAUGCACUGUUGUAUUUCUGAAUACAUUUGAUUGGGGGGUGUUUUUGUUAAGAUGCGUAUUGAACAAUUAAACAACAAGUGGUUUGCGUACUGGCAGAGGAAAGUACCAUAGUUGUGACGAGACAGCGAAGAGGAGAAAAUAACCUACUGUCGCUUUAAGGGCUGAGCAGUUUGUAAUUUACUGCCGAGGCGAGUUUCGCUCAGAUCUGCUUGGGAGCUGCAGUUGCACAAGAGCGGCCGAGCCGUACCUGUUUCCCUGCUGUAAUAAUUUAUUAGAGGUACACGGGGGAAAAAAACACACAAGAUAGCCACUGAUUUCCCGCCGCUCUCCAUUUGGGAUUUUAGCACGCCUUCAGCGUGUAUGUUGAGCGAUGUAAUAUUAACAGCUGAAGACCAAAGCUUGAUCUUGGGGGGGAAAAAGCGGCUCUUUUUUAUUUAAAAGGGGGGAGCGUGUCGCACUCCGCUUUAUUUUGAACAUGAAAGGACUGAUACCCCGUCGCAACGUGGAAUUAGUUUUGCCCAGGUCCUGUUACGUGUUGCCUUUCCAAUAGCUGCGAUUCCCCUGGCUUUAACAGGUGGAAUUACAUCGUCUCUCCCCUUCCUAAUACGCCCGGCUUCGUGGAAGUGUUAUGGGGAAUCAGGUGGAAAAACUGACUCAUUUAAGUUACGCAGAAGUUCCGACGGCGGACCCGAACGGUUUGGAUACGGAAGACGGUCCCAGAAUCGGGGUGUCCUACAUUUUUUCCGCGGAUGACGACGAGCUGGAUGAUAACGUUGGUGGAGCAGACACGGACCCGAAUCAGGAAGAGAAACAGUAUGACAAGUGCAACGAACUGGAGUGUGCGAUUUAUUACCGAGACGAGUGCGUGUACGACAAGAGCACCAAGACCGGGGACAUGGGGACGUACUCCCCCGAAAAUCUGCUGAACAAGUGCAAGCCGGGCGACCUGGUGGAGUUCGUGGCGACCAGCCAGUAUCCCCACUGGGCUGUGUACGUGGGGGACUUUCAGGUGGUUCAUCUGCACAGGGCUGAGAUCAAGAACGAUUUCCUGACGGACGCCAGCCAGGGCAGACGGGGCCGGGUGGUGAACGACGUGUACAAAUUCAAACCCCUGAGCCCCGACGUGGUGGUGCAGAGCGCCAUGGAGCAGGUGGGAGCGAAGGACCGGGAGCUCAGCUGGAGGAACUCGGAGUGUUUCGCCGCCUGGUGCAAAUUUGGCAAGCGGGAGUUCAAAAUCGGGGGAGAGAUCCGAAUUGGCAAGCAGCCCUACCGGUUGAAAAUCCAGCUGUCCGAGAAAAAAAGCCACAUGCUGGAGUUCCAGAGUUUGGAAGACUUGAUCAUGGAAAAGAGGAGGAACGAUCAGAUCGGCAAGGCCGCCGUGGUUCAGGAGCUGGCGAACCACCUGAACUGCGAGGAGGAGAUCAGGACUGAACCCAAUGGGAACUGAUGGAUUAAAACGGACGACUGGGCAGGGGCGCUAUAAUGGCCUCCAUGGGCAACUCACUGUUAGGUUGUAUCAAAUCACACGUGAAAGGAAAAAGCUGAUUAGUUUUGCUACGGAUUUAACUAGUUUUGUACUGGGCUGUAUUGAACCAAAAUGUGCUGGCCUGUACACUUCAGGUUUGGACACCUCGAGUGGACGAGAAGGCUUAUUGCAGACGAACUUCUGUAGUUAAAGUAUAAAACUCACUGUUAUCUAUUAAUAAUUAUCUGUUCACAUUGCCUCCCCCGUUUCACAGACUUUAGUUUCCCUCUUUGAAGUCAGGACAUUUUACACUGUUUCACGAUGCUAAUGAGUUAAUGAUUAUUUUUAAAUUUUUCACUUUUGCUUUCUGUUUGGUAUAACCACAAUGUUAUUGUCAUGCUAAAAAUGAAAAGGUAUAAGAGUAAUAAUCAUCCAUACUUUGGCUCAAGAAAAAUACAUAUCUAGUAGUUCAUAUAUUGGCAGUUGUAUGUUCAUUUAAUAGUGAACGUACUGUAGAACCAUAAGCAAAUGUUAACUACAAAUUGCAGUUAAGAGACAAUAAUAUCACAGCUUUAACUUACAAAAUCUGUAAGUCCAGCUGUGCAUUCAUUUGAGUGGCAUCCAAACAAUAGGAGACCUAAGGCUCAUGUCCUUAUACAACAUCUAUAGUGUUUUAUAACAUUAAAACUUAAUAAAAGGUGAAGUGGCUUUUCAGCUCAAAAUAUCUCUUGUGUACGAGACUACAAGAGCAUGGUUUUUCAUACAUAUGAAUAGAAUUUGAAUUUUCAACAUGAAUAUUUAAAAACCUUAUUAAAAUAACCCCAGCAGUUUGAAGUAUAGUGUUAGACCUUAACUUUAAUACAUGACAGUUAGAUGACCUUUAGUAUACUGUAGCUUGAGCAGACAUGCUUGAUAACACCUUUAAGUAAAAAAAAAAAACUUUAGGCUGAAUUUUCAAAUGUCUGUACCUUUUAAAACACCUUCUAAAAUGAAGAUCGUGAUAAUAUCAUAAAAGAUUGUGUAACAGAGGUGUUACAGGACAGCUUUGCUCAAGCUUCGAUGGAAUCACAAUGGGAAUAAUCUCUGGCUUCACGCUUGGUUUAAAGAAAUGCAGAUCUCUCCUCAAUACGUAAAUAACUGUAUAUAAUUAAACAAACAGUAUAUUUUUUAAUCACCCUUUCAAGUCCAAUUAUAUGUGGACGUAACUAGCGAGCACCAUUACUUUUGAUGUGACUUGCAAAUGGAAUAGUAGGUUCGUGUGAAAAUUAAGUAGCUGCCACCUACAUGCAGGCAAAGCUGGGACAGAGCUCAAAAUAGAGACGGUAAAGUUGCGAACGGUAAAAUAGAUUUUAUUUUCAGUAACUUCUAAAUACAGUUGGACGCUCAAAGUCUGUUGGCAAAGGUCUCUUCAGGGCUGUCCGUGUACUUGAGUAUGCUUCAGCCUCUGUCGCAGAGUAUUAAUAUUAUUACAUUACUCCAGGAGCAAAACCACUGACUUCACUGAGUAAAAGUCAUGUCAUGGUCUAGCAAAUAUAAUGUUCGUACUUUAAUUUGGUGGCGUUGUUCAGCAAAUGCUCAUAUUCUGUUUCUACUACCGGUCUCUUCUCCAUUUUGUUGUUAUCAAAAACUAGAGCAAUAAUUCUCCAAAUGAAUGAGUACAUUGGCCUUCAGCAACCAGUGACUUGCACCUGCGCAAAAGGCACAAAAAGGCUGAAGGCCUUUUGCACCCGAAUUACUAUUACUACUGUAAGUCAACAUUUUAAAGAGGUAGUAAAGGGGAACUCUGCAUUUAGACCAUUCUGAAAUUUAAGAAAUAGAUUGUUAACUUAGUUUGCUGCAAAAGUAUCUAAACUAGAAGUUAUAUGACCCAAAUAUGAAAUGACUGAUAGAUAUAUAUAUAUACUGUAUAUAAAAGAUUUUUCAAUGUGGGGGCAAAAGUGUCCUUAAAAUCUCUAAAACCAGGGUCUUGGAGGUUAAUUCUCAAGAUUGGGCUUUUAAUUUAAUAGUUGUUUGGGUGCAUCUCUUGAACAUUGGACAACAUAUUUGUAAAAGCAAUAAAGCAAUAAAGACGAAAAAAGUUGGCUACAUCUUCAAAUCUCUUGUUUAAAGCAUGUCAGGAAGAUUAAUGCAAUUGUGUUGAGAAUCAGCUCUGAAGAGCUUAGUUUUGGGAGAGCUUAUCAUAACGUAAUCAGAAGAAGGUAAUGGGUAUUGAACUGUUUCCACUCUGUUAUUCUGAACUUGUUUGGGUGUUAUUUUGAUUCAUUUCAGCUGAUGAACCUCCUGACAGAGCUGUGUUUAACUUGCAUAUUAAAAGCCAGCAGGCUCCUUAAUUGUUAGGUCUUCAGAGAUGCAAACAUCUUAAAAGCCACUCUGGGGACUGAUGUUGAAGUAAGAGGGUGUUGUGACAUAUUUCAACAUUGCUUUAAAUAAUAUGAAUGGUCAUCUCUAUUCAGGCCACAAACUAUAUUAAUCUGCAUGAUUUAAAGAAGCCGAACCAAACUUUGCAUAUUCUUGCUGCCGUAACGGGAAUAGACUGAAAAGUGAAGUGACUGAAACCUGAACUUCCAGUUCCCUGCUAUUCUCCUUCUUAGGGCCAUGCGACCAGUGAUGAGGUUGAUUCAGAAGGAUGUUUUUUUAUCUUUUUAGAAGGGUUCUAGGCCCGAAUAUUUUUAUACUUUCAUGACUUAAAAACAAGAUCUGUUUUUUUUUUUAUUUUAGUAUUGUUGCCCUGUGAAAACAAUAAGAAUUUGAUUUCUAUGAAACCAUAAUCAAAAGUCACCGAGUAAACAGAGGAGUGAUGCUGGGAAACUGCCUUUAGUAAACUGAGACAAUUAAGUUGUUACCGCUGGCACUAAAACGGGAUUAAUGACUAACCAAGAACAAUCUGGUUACCUGUGUUAAAACCUGAAGUGUGAAAUGAUUGCAGUUGUUAAAGGUCAGUGAGAGAGGUUCGGAUCUCUCAAGCAGUGUGGAGGGGUGGCCAGGGCUCUGGGCUUGUAAUCACAAGCUUCUGGGCCCUGUUUGCCUGGGUGGAGACACAGCUGCUGUGCCUUCGUUCACUCCGAUCUCUCCAGCAAAAUACCCAGCUGUGUAGGUGGGUACAGAGUCACUGUGGAUAAAAUCAUCAGCCAAAUAAAUGAAUAAAACGAU